AUGAUUUUGCUGGGUGAACUUGAAAAUAGUAUUUCAAAGUUGUCCAACGAUUUUCAUCGCAUCGAGUCACGUGUAUGUAACAGAUAUGCUUGUCAUGUGGAGCUUGUUGAUCACACACCUGCCAGUACUGGAUCAAUUAUUUCAACAUUUUGUGCAGUACGUGGAUAUAACGGUCAACAUUUUAAUCAUAGAACAGGAAAAUUUGUAUCACCACAUGAUGGUUUAUAUCUCGUCUGUGUGACUCUGAAUGAAUGGGAAGGUAAACAGAUUAGAGUUGGCGUGAUGGCUGGAGGCAGGUGCUGUACGGCUAUAGAAGUGAAAUGUGCCGACACUAGCGCUGCUGGGUCAGUGGUUGUUGACAUGAAGAAAGGUCAAGAAAUUUACUGUAAAGUGUCUUACGCAGAACAAGGCGCAACGUUGUCCAACUACAGUAGUUUUACUAUCGUUAGUUUAUAGAAGUACAACACAAAACAUGGUGGAUGGUAAAUUCUCAAACAAUAAAAUAUGUAACCACCAUGUUAAACACACGCUAACAAAUUAUUAUGUGUGUAGACUACAUGUCUACAAAAACUUGAAUGGUUUAUAUGUCAUUUGCUUGGCCAUCAUUACACAGUUCCAAAUAACUAAAUGUGA